AUGGCUGGAUGUCAGGACAACUCGUUCGGCCCAUAUGCGGGCCCGGAGUGCCGGGGCGGCUUCGAUUUUACCCUCAAGUUCGAGGAGAUCGUGAUGACUCUGGUCCCAGCCACCAUUUUCCUGCUUGUAGCCACAAUCAUAAUCAUCUGCCUACUAUGGACACGCGGUUCUGUGGGGGCUGGAGUGGGAUUUGAUCGCCUGUCGAUAGCCAAGCGGAUGGCCAGUGGGAUGUUAUGCAUUCAAUCCCUCGCCCUUCUGGUUUGUGCCAGGUACCAAACGGCCGCGGUGACUCGUUUGAUGCUGGCCACCACCGCCGUGCUCUUCGUAGAAAACGUUGCCCUCGCCGCUUGGUCCACGCUGGAACACCAACGCAGUGCGCACCCAAGUUUGGCCUUGAAUACCUACUUGGUAUGCAUGGUGCUGCUCCAGGCGUGCCGAGUACGCUCGCUCUGGUUGGCAGACACUCCUCUGGAUCUUUCUAUUCUUACCACCACCUCCCUAGCGACGCGCCUAGCCUUGUUAACUUUAGAAUCCGUGGACAAACCUCGCCCCGAAGAAACAAAGGGUUCGCCGAACUUGCUCGAAGACCGUGGGUCAUUUCCGAGUCGGGUCUUCUUCGGCUGGCUGGUGCCAUUGCUGCGCCAAGGAUACUCGGGGAUCUUGUCGGCAGUAGACUUCUCCGGCCUGGAGACAGACCGCACACAGCAGGAGCGGCAACGUCGUUUUACUGCGGCAGUCGAACGCCGGCGAGGGACACCUGCCUCCAAGUUCCAUCUGAUCACCAUUCUUAUUUACUGUAACCCGGCCGACUUUGUGGGAGCCAUAGUAUUUCGGCUUUCGUAUAUUGCGGCGCUCUUUGCCCAGCCGUUUCUGAUCCAAGAUGUUCUGAACUUCCUCGAAGACGGCAGCAUGCCUCUCAACCGGGGCUAUGGCCUAAUCGGCGCCUUCGGCCUAAUUUACCUCUUCAUCGCCAUCUUCACGGCUCACUACGCGCAUUGCACCAAUCGCUUUGCCCUCGGCUCUUGGGCCCUGUUAGUGAAUGGUGUGGUAGAUGCCACGCUGAACGCCCCCGUUGCCACGAUCCCGCAGCCGGGUAAGGUGGGUGCCGCCGUCAAUGUAGAUGCGGCCAACACCGUCCAGGGGUUCCGGGCGAUGCACGAUUUGUGGGCAUCGUUUGUCACGGUAGCUCUUUGCUUGUGGCUGCUGUAUCUUCAACUCGGACUCGCCUUCGUCGCUCCCCUGCUCUCCACCAUUGUGUUUACUGCCCUGACUGUGAGCGUCUCGCCGAUCAUGAUCCGUCGGCAACGGUCGUGGGUGGAGGCAACAGAGCGUCGCCUGGGCGUGAUCAUCCGGACAAUUUCGUCCAUCAAGGAGAUUAAGAUGAUGGGGCUCGGGUCCAGGAUGGAACAAAGCAUACAACAGCUGCGCAGGGAUGAGGUUCGAAUGGCAAGGUAUGAGGCGGUUUCGACGCAUGAUAUCUCUCAUCCGGCAGGAUCCUAUCAAGGCGCUACCUUCGUGACGUAUGGAGCGUUCGCCAUUAUCUGUCGCGUGACGGGUACGACGCUCAACACGUACAACUUGGACAUGUCGUUGUCGGUGCUCAGUAUCAUGACCAGCCCCCUUUACCUAAUGAUCCAGCAGGCGCCAGUGGUUGUUGCCGGACUGAAUUCCCUGCAGCGACUGGAUGCCGUGCUUAAGCUCCCGCGCGUACCGAAUACGCCUGCCCAAGAUGUUAACUGUGUUGCAGGCCCCAUUGAGGAUAAAGCACUAAUCACACUCCAGGAGGCCACACUGGAUUGGGACGGAAACUCGCCGGUCCUCGAAGACGUUAAUUUGCAAGUAUUCUCAGGCCAGUUUCAUGCCAUUGUCGGCCCAACGGGUUCUGGCAAGUCAACGCUUCUGAGGGCCCUGCUGGGCGAGCUUAACCCCAUCCGCGGGGUGAUCCGCAAGAGAGUCAGUGGGGGGAUUGCAUACUGCGCCCAAAAGCCAUGGUUGAUGAACGGGACAAUCCGGUCAAACGUCAUCGGAACCGGCCCAUUUGAACCGUCGUGGUACCAACAGGUUCUCUUCGCGUGCGACCUGGACAAGGAUCUGGCAUCGUUCCCUCAGCGCGAUCAGACGUCGAUUGGAUCCGCAGGAGUCGCUCUUAGUGGCGGGCAGAAACAGAGAGUGGGUCUUGCGCGGGCACUGUAUGCCCGAUCAGAGCUCCUCAUUCUUGACGACAUCCUGGGCGGGCUAGACAAUACCACGCAACACAAUGUGAUUGAGCGAGUGUUCGGGGCCCAGGGCGUGGCUCGCCAGGCGUGCACCACCACCGUUGUGGUCACACAUCAUGCAACACUGAUUUCCUUAAUGGACACAUGCUUGCUCUGUGGGGAUGGCAGGGUGGAGGCCCAGAAUUCCAGUACUGCUUUGCAUAAAUUGCAACGCGUCGAGUCCGCCGACACGCUAGACGAAAAGACUGAGAGUCAUGAUCAAGAAGCUAGUUCGUCAAUGAGCCACCAGGCGGAAGGUCAGUACGUCGCGGAGGGGGUCGAGCAGGCGGAGACGGAGGAUCAACCCAAGCGCUCCGACCCGGAAAGCUGGCGCCUCUAUCGGUACUAUAUGCAGCUCGUUGGAAAUCAUCACACUCUUCUCUUUAUCAUCCUUAGCGCGACUGUUGCCGGUGUUUCCGUGUAUCAACAAUAUUGGCUGACCGACUGGGCGGAUGCGGAGUCGAACCGGCAGCUCUCGAUGUAUAUCACCGUGUAUCUCGGGAUGUUGGUGGCGACUCUCAUCGUUAUCUUUGGGUGGUGCAGUCAUUUUUUAGAUAUCAUGAUACAGAAGGCAUCAUUGCAACUGCACGAAGCACAGCUCCUUGCAUUCUUGAGGGCACCUAUCUCCUUCCUCAUGGCCGCCAAAUCGGGGGCCUUAGCCAAUCGAUUCACCCAGGACAUUAUGCUGGUAGACGACGAGUUACCGCUCGCGCUCUUGAAUACCGUGUCCUCAUUCUUUAGCGUACUCGCAGAAGUGGUGGUCGUCUUUGUGGCAUGCCCAAUUAUGGCGGCCGUGACGCCUGCAUUGUUCAUUGUUUUUUGGGUGCUCCAGUCCUUCUAUCUGCGUACCUCUCGCCAGUUGCGUGUCCUCGAAAUUGAAGCAAAGGCGCCUCUGUACCAGCACACUCUUCAAUGUGCCGAAGGUCUUGCAACAAUCCGUGCCUUUGGCUGGACGGCUGCACAGCAGACAGAGAGCACUCGGUACGUCAAUUCUGCCCAAGAGCCGAUGUACAUGUUGUACAGCGUGCAGGUAUGGCUGAAGAUGGUCUUGGACCUCAUCAUUGCUGGGGUGUGUGUGUUGUUUGCGGGUUUGGUGGUGAAGCUGCGCUCUUCCUCAGAGGCUGGUAUGAUUGGAUUGGGAUUCAUCAGCAUUAUAACGAUGAGUACAACCAGUCGACGGUUCAUGGUGGCGUGGACCACGCUGGAGAUCUCACUCGGAGCGCUCUCGCGCAUUCACUCCUUCGUCACCGACAGUCCCUCCGAAGAUGCGAGCUCCGGGUCUGCGCAGCGGCCGACAGUAUGGCCGACCGAAGGAAAGGUCGAGUUCUCCAACGUUUCCGCUACUUAUACCGCGCAAGGCAGGCCAGUUUUAUCCGACAUCAACCUCACGAUCCAUCCCCGAGAGAAGAUCUUAAUCUGUGGACGCAGUGGCAGCGGCAAGAGCUCACUGGUGUCUUCCCUACUGCGACUUCUCCACGUCUCUUCGGGCACCAUCCGCAUUGAUGACCUGGAUACAUCCACGAUGUCCGUAGCAUCGGUGAGAUCAGCCCUUACGGUUCUUCCUCAAGACCCGUUCUUCAUUUCCGGCUCUAUUCGGGACAAUAUGAAUCUGGGUACGAGCGUAUCGAGUGAUGAACAGAUCCAAGCCGCGCUUCGCAAGGUCGGGCUGUGGACGUAUGUAGAAAAAGAGCUGGGGGGGCUUGAAAGCACCCUAGACCCCAAGAUGAUGCUCAGCCAAGGGCAGCAACAGCUUUUCUGCCUCUCGCGGAUGAUUUUGCAAAAAGGGAAGAUCAUCAUCAUCGAUGAGGCCAGCAGCAGUGUUGACAACGACACGGACGCCCGGAUGAACGCCAUCAUUCGGUCCGAGCUAGACGACCGAACCGUCAUAUGCGUGGCGCACCGGCUGGACCAUUUGCUGGAUUAUGAUCGGGUGGUUGUGCUGCAAAGUGGUAGGAUCGUCGAGGUGGGAGAGCCCAAGGCGCUACUGCAGCGACCGUCCAUGUUUCAGGAGCUGUGGCAAAGCAUGCAUGCUGUUUAG